AUGAGCCUAAUGGAUCAACUUUUUCCAGCAAAUCAUAAAACCACAUUCGUGGUGGACCACACUCCAUACUUCGGAUUGGCUAGUAACUCGCAUAUCAAAAUGGACUUCACCAAACGGCCACCUGGUGGGAUACCACCCGCACCCAUAUUCAAAUCAAUGUGGACGUGUAGCAUUGAAGCUGUACUCGAAUACUGCCGUAUCGUAUGGGAUCUGUUUCCAGAAGGAAAACUUAUACGUGUUAUUAGUAGUGACAUGCAAUCUCGCACUUUGAAUAAUUGGUCAUCUAGUCAACAAAAUGUUAACUAUAUGCUGCAUCAUUUAUCAUCUUUAGGGCCACCUGCAAAACUUGUACCAAAUCCAAAUCGAGACUAUAGUGUUGUAUAUGGAUUUCGUACUGCAUCCGAAGCGAUGAUUGAAUGUACUACAGCUCAAAUGGAUCAAGGGGCUAAGAAAAAUAAUAUCGAAGUUCAAAACAAAUGCAGAACAGUUAUUAUCACAUCAGCCAGGGACAACCCAUCAAUAGAUAAUCUCAUGUCCAUGUUUCAUAAUGAAAUGAUCAAAAGCAACAAAUAUGUAACUCAACCUAAUUCAAUGUCUAUUAAUCAUUGUCACUUGGUAAUAAUUAACACUUAUCCAGAUUCUAUAACAUGUGAAGUCACUGAUCGGCCAUCUCAUCCCAUAUCAUCAAUACUAGAUUUGGAAGUGCAUUCAAUUCCUGCAUCCAAAAUUGGUAUUAAGAUAUCAAAUCUUUUAUUAAAACACUACAAUCUAGCUAGUACAACAGUUACCGGUAUUCCUAUGAAGGAAGAACAAAAUGCCAGUUCAUCAGCAAAUUAUGAUGUAGAAAUAUACCAUGCAGCUACUGCACAUACAACUAUUUUAAAUGCAAAUGUAGCUGAUGCCAAAGCAGUGGUUGCAAAAAAAGAAGGAGCGGACUAUGAGACAAUUAAAUUAAAAUGGUGUACGCCUAGGGCAAACAACAAUUUGCCAGAUAUUCACAGUUGUACGACGCUACAUAGAAUCACUCCAGUUGAUAUAAACAGUAGACCGAGCGCAUGUUUGAUAACGUUUUUAUUGAAUGGUCGAUCAGUUUUACUCGAGAUGAUUAAACAAGGUGGUGGUAAAAGCAUGUCACAUGUUUUAAAAUCGUACAAUGGUGAAAUAUAUAUACAUACAGUAUCGUCUGGUCGCACAGUACUUGAAGAUCCACCAGCCAUUAGUGAAGGCCCUGGAGGGAAAGUAACGCAGUACAGAGUAGCUGAUUUUGGUACUUUUAUGAAGUUAAAUUUACUGCAACCAACAAAAAGAAAACAAACAGAAGAUAAAAACUAUAUUGACGAUGCAAAAGAAAAAUUGAAAAAACAAACUGCAUAUUGGCCAUUAAUUACAUCAUCAACUAUAAUUUUUAAUUUGAAACAAUACACUGAACCAAUGUUGUCAUUAAUGGUUAAAGAUAACAUUAGUGAUCAGGAAGUAAUGAAUUGCAAACAAUGUAUUUAUUCUUUGAUAGCCGCUGAAUCAAAAAAUGAACACCUAAUUACACCCAAUCCAUCAAAUCCACGAAAAAUGAUGAAAAAAGAUGACCAAUACAAGUCUAUGUGGACAGAGUUGGAAACAUUCUUAAAAUCAAACUUAUACACUGAGAAUCAUUGUAAAGUGUUGCAAUGUUUAUUUGAAUGUCGUGGUAGACUUGAUGAAGAAAAAAUUAUUGAGAAAACUUUAAUGCGUUUCAAAAAAUCAUUAGCUGAUAGACCAAGUGUAAUACGAGCUACUACAGAUUCCCCUAUGUCUCCACCAUUAACUCAGCAGACAGGAAUAAAACAUAAUAUAGCUCAUAAAGCUGUUGCUGCGGAUCCAAAUAGUGUUAUGUAUUUGCAAAUAGUUCAGGAUCAGGACAAUCGUAGAGUUAACCCUCCUACGCGACCACCGUUUGCUGGUAGAUUAAAAUCUAUUCAAAAGAGAAAUGGUAAUUUAUUUGCAAAACUUUAUCAACAUAUAGACGACGACACAGAUACUAAGAGUGCAAAAUAA